AUCUUCUUAUCCGAGAAAGCCAAAGAGAUAUGGCAGACCUAUUUACUCCGUACAAGCUGGGCAACUUCAACCUCUCCCACAGGAUCGUGCUAGCACCCCUGACGAGAUGUCGAGCGAUGAAUGGCAUUCCGUCGGCAGCUCAUGUCGAGUACUAUACUCAGAGGACGACCCCCGGCGGACUCCUCAUUACCGAAGGCACCCUCAUCUCGGACACAGCUGCCGGCACUCCGCAAACUCCCGGGAUUUACACAGAAGAACAAGUCAAAGCUUGGAAGGAGGUCGUCGAUGGUGUUCAUGUCAAGGGUGGCUUCAUUUUCUGUCAGCUGUGGCACGUCGGUCGUGCUUCCCAUACCGUCUAUCAGCCUGGAGGCGAUGCACCGAUUUCAUCAACGAACAAGAGCAUAUCAGAUAAAUGGAAGGGCAUAAUGCCAGAUAGGAGCCUAGGCCCGCUAUCGCAGCCUCGUGCCCUAAAGACAUCCGAAAUACCGCACGUAAUAGAAGAUUAUCGUCAGGCAGCGAUAAAUGCCAAUCGAGCCGGUUUUGAUGGAGUUGAGAUUCAUGGGGCUCAUGGCUAUCUCAUAGAUCAAUUCUUGAAAGACGUAAUCAAUGACCGGACCGACGAGUAUGGUGGAUUGAUCGAGAACCGGUGCAGAUUCUUGAUGGAGAUAGUGCAAGCAGUUGUUGCAGUGGCCGGUGUUGGUCGUGUCGGGGUUAGAAUUUCACCUGCUAUUGACUUCAUGGACGCCAUGGACUCUGAUCCGCUUAACCUUGGCCUUGCGGUCAUCGAGAGACUCAAUGCACUUCAAGAACAACUGGGCUUGAAGCUCGCUUACCUACACGUGACCCAACCUCGGUUCACGUUGGCUGGAACCAAAAAUUUAGUCGAAGAAGACGAAGAGGCGAAGCUGAUGCACGCUUGGAGGAGGGCAUAUCAAGGCACUUUCAUGAGCAGUGGCGGUUACACCCGGGAGCUGGGGAUGAAAGAUGUGGUCAAUGGAAAUGCCGAUUUAAUAUCGUAUGGCCGUCUCUUCAUUUCGAACCCCGACUUGGUCUUCCGGUUCAAGAUUAAUGCACCAUUGAAUAAAUACAACAGAGCGACUUUCUAUACUUCAGACCCUGUUAUUGGGUACACAGAUUACCCCUUUUUUAGGGAGUGAAAUUAAUGGCAGGAAGCCUCAGCGAGGGAGUUGUCUUUGUUUAUAUAUAUAUAUAUAUAU